AAAAACUACUUCGCCGGGAGCUCGCGGUGUGACAGCGGCGAGCGCUGGCUUCCCGGAGGCGCGCGGCGAGGGCAGACCUGGUUCCGGCCCAAGCCCGGUCCCACUCGCCCCCUCCCACCGCCCGCGGCUCGGCGCAGCCGGGUUCUCAGCUUCCACCUUCUCCUCCUCAUCUGUCCAGCCCAGCACGCUCCGGCCCAGCGAGGGCUGCCCACUGCUGGUCCUACCGGCUCGGAUUGCUGGAAACACCAAGAGGGUUUAUUUUUUGUUUUUUUAAAAUUCCUGUUCCAGGGGAGGGGGUGUGGCUGGGAAGGAUGAGAAACUGUGUUCCUCUGCUCUGUUUCUGGAGCGCCUAUUGUUGCUUUGCCGCGGGAAGCCCCGCACCCCUUGGUCCAGAGGGACAGCUGGAAGAUGAGCCCAGCAAAUCCAGGGUCGUCCAGCCUUCAGCCAAAUCCUCUGAGGUGAGGUUUAGCCUCCGCACCGCUAAGGAUCCAGAGCACGAAGGAUGCUACCUCACCCUUGGCCACAGCCAGCCCUUGGAAGACUGCGGCUUCAACAUGACAGCCAAAACCUUUUUCAUCAUUCACGGAUGGACGAUGAGUGGCAUGCUUGAGAAUUGGCUGUACAAACUGGUGUCAGCCCUGCAGACAAGAGAGAGGGACGCCAACGUGGUGGUGGUUGACUGGCUCCCGCUGGCCCACCAGCUUUACACGGACGCGGUCAAUAACACCAGGGUGGUGGGACACAGCAUCGCACGCAUGCUCGACUGGCUGCAGGAGAAGGAUGAUUUUUCUCUCGGAAACGUCCAUUUGAUCGGCUAUAGCCUGGGAGCGCACGUGGCUGGGUAUGCUGGCAACUUCGUGAAAGGAACAGUGGGCAGAAUCACAGGUUUGGAUCCUGCUGGGCCCAUGUUUGAAGGGGUGGACAUCCACAAGAGGCUGUCCCCCGACGAUGCAGACUUUGUGGACGUCCUCCACACCUACACGCGUUCCUUUGGCCUGAGCAUUGGGAUUCAGAGGCCUGUGGGCCACAUCGACAUCUACCCCAAUGGGGGUGACUUCCAGCCAGGCUGUGGAUUCAAUGAUGUCUUGGGAUCGAUUGCAUAUGGAACGAUCACAGAGGUGGUGAAAUGUGAGCACGAGAGGGCUGUCCACCUCUUCGUGGACUCCCUGGUCAAUCAGGACAAGCCGAGCUUUGCCUUCCAGUGCACCGACUCCAACCGCUUCAAAAAGGGGAUCUGUCUCAGCUGCCGGAAGAACCGCUGCAAUAGCAUCGGCUACAAUGCCAAGAAAAUGCUGAAGAAGAGGAACAGUAAGAUGUACCUCAAAACUCGGGCAGGCAUGCCUUUCAAAGUGUACCAUUAUCAGAUGAAAAUCCAUGUCUUCAGUUACAAGAACAUGGGAGAAAUCGAGCCCACCUUUUAUGUCACCCUUUAUGGCACUGAUGCAGAUUCCCAGAUUCUGCCUUUGGAAAUAGUGGAGCAGAUCGGGCUGAACGCCACCAACACCUUCCUGGUCUACACCGAGGAGGACUUGGGGGACCUCUUGAAGAUCAAACUCACCUGGGAGGGCACAUCUCAGUCUUGGUACAACCUGUGGAAGGAGCUGCGCAGCUACCUGUCCCAGCCUGGCAACCCAGCGCGGGAGCUCAACAUCAGGCGCAUCCGGGUCAAGUCUGGGGAAACCCAGCGCAAACUGACAUUUUGUGCAGAGGACCCUGAGAACACCAGCAUAUCCCCUGGCCGAGAGCUCUGGUUUCACAAGUGUCGGGAUGGCUGGAGAAUGAAAAAUGAAACCAGUCCCACCGUGGAGCUUCCCUGAGGGCACCCGGGGACAUCUUGCCAGCAAGGACCCCUGCCGCCCAAGCACAUGGAGGAAAGUUACCGCCGAGGACCCACCGAUGGAAGGGCCCCUCUCGGCCUGGACCCUGAGCAUCAGGAACAACUCGUCUCCUGUGACGGCUGGGACUUCUGGCUGGAGGGGACUGCACUGCCGAAGCUCCUGUUGUUGCUAGGCUAGCUCUAACUCCACACCUGGGGCGACACCUCUAGGCACCGAGCCCAGAUGUGCGUGUGAGUGGCGGAGCCCGGGGUCAGGUUCUCAGCAGCUGCACCAGCCCAUGCUUUGCCUGCCAGGGACCACGGGCUCUGCAGUGGCUCUGCGGGGAAGGCUGGCAGCUGCUUGGCCCGACUUGAGCCUUCGUGGGAGGUCUUUCCACUGGGAGCUGACUCAGGUCAGAUGGCAGGCCUGUUGCCUUGUCCACCCCGAGAGAGGACAGCACACCUGGGCUGGUGCCGACUCUGUGGAGGUUGCUGUGGGGGUUCUCGUGGCUGUACUGACAUUCCGUCUUGUUCCUCAAAUUACCCUCUGAAGCACACAUCACUGGCUUUCUUAUUUUUCCCUUGUUCAUUAUUUGGUUGAACAAGCAUUUAUUGGGCACUUAAGAUUCAUUAGCACGUGGCAGUAGACGCAUUGCUAAGAUGCAUUACUAACCCCAGUGGGGCUGGGAUUUCUAGAACCCCUUCCCGUUGGGGUAUAAAUGUGGUGGAAGGCAUGAGGGGCAUUGGUAGGGGCUACGGGAUGUAAGAGUUAGGGAUCCCAAGGCCUUCGGUGGUUUCUACCUAUUUCUUGGUAGUUAACAUGUGUCGUGUCCCCCAAGAGUGACGCGUUUGGUCACUAGCAGAAUAGCAAGCAGAGUAUCUUACCUGCUGGGGCCAGAAUGGCCGGCGGUUGCUGGAUAUGACUGCUUAGGAGCAAAACCUCUUCUGCUCAGGGAGAUAGAAGGUAUUCCAUUUGUAAUACAAGUCUGUUUAUCCAGAACCAGCAUGCGCCAGGGAGAGCUGGCUCUAACAUUUAAUACAGUGCUUUUUCCUUUUUGAAAUAUCUUGCUUUAAUACCAGUGCCUUUUCUGUCUUGGAAAAGCCUCCAAUUCUAGAUCUUUUUUGUUUGUUUGU